UUCCUUACCGCCUUGUGUUGUUCCCAUCGAGUCGCCAUUACAGUCAGCCAUAUUAUGUGAAGAAUUCGAUGAUGGGCGAUAAUUUUUGAGAUUUUGUAUUGUGUACCUAUCAAAUGUUCAAUUGGAUAUAUUUCUGACUAAGGAGAACAUGGAGUGACCAUGAGUCACCCAAACCCGACUGGAAACGGCUGCUCCUUGGAGGACUGCCUCACAAAUCUCUUCGCAUUGACUGACCUGUGUGGCAUUAAAUGGCGGAGAUUUGCGUCAGAAAAUGAGUAUGUGGAACCUCUUGAUGAUCCGGUGCUUAUUGGUUUCUCACGCUGCCUAAGCCUCGACAUUUUAUGUGUUUGGCGGCGGGUACAGAGGAAUCCUGAGCAGCGCCAGCCAGACUUCAACAACAGUAAGGAAUUGUGGAUUUUCUGGUAUGGAGACGAGCCAGAGUCAUUACGACAAGCGCUGUCCACCGACUUGGGUUUGAAAGAACUUGAAAGUGGGACAUGGGACAGAGACAAAGACAAAGACAAUGGGUUGACUUAUGAGUGCCGGACAUUGCUUUUCAAGGCUUUGCACAAUCUCAUUGAGAGAAAUCUGCUACUCAAAAAUUUUGUGCGCCUUGGGAGAUGGUAUGUCCUACCAUACGAGCAUGGAUCAGGAGAGACUGGUGUGCAUUUAAGCUUUUGCUUCCACUACUUUCUCCAUGGAGAGAGUCAAGUUUGUGCUAGUAUAGAGGUGAAACUGCGGCCUCCUGUAUGGAAACUGACCAAUCAGCACAUUGCUCUCGUACAGGACAACCAGGCUAGCAUUCAAGUUAUUCUUGCUCCUCAUGGACUGAGUGGGGUCCUGACAGGCGUUACCUACUGUGACAAUGACCCAACAGGAACAACCACCAAAAUGUUUUCCGACUGGGCCGGCUACUAUCCCAUCAAGGAGACGGCGAGGGAGGACUUGACUGGCAGCAAACUGCCCAACAUGGUGGAGGUCAUUGUGGGCAACACCAGGAUGCGGUACCCAUCAUGCUACGUGCUGGUGUGUGACAAUGAGGACAUGCACACCAGCAACAGCGUGCUGCAGCCAAUGCAUCCGACCUCGCUGCCUCCGCCCCACCACAGCCGCCCUGGUGCCUUUGGUCGGUCCACGUCACAGUACCAGCACUUGUCUCCUCCCGCCUCCCCUGGAGACCCACUGGUGGGCACGGACCACCAUGGAAUGAAGGUGGGGCCGCUGAUGGCAGGCCAGGGUGAUGGGCUACCCUCUGUCUCCGGCACUAAGGCUGACGUGCUGGGCUACCAACUGGCUGAGAAAGUGCGGCAGGACGCUUGCCUCAACCUGGCUGUCAAUAAGAGAAUGUCAGACACUAACAAUGUGGAAGAGGGACAGCAGCAUUCCCAGCAGUCGCCUGUGGGUACAUGGAACUUCACUGACCCGGCCAGUAAAGUCAACUGCAACUGUGUCAAGCAUCGCAAGAAAGCUCAGGGUAAAGGUGCUCUGGGUGGGAAGCACGGAAAGGGAGAGAAGCCAGACAAACUGGAGCGCCAGCUUAGUCGUCACAGUCGCAACUCGGUGCCCUUCCAUCGCCGUGGCCACCAGAUGGACGACCUGCUGCAGUUUGACGUGGAGGGCAUGAUGGCGCACAGCCUGCCUGCCACCCAGCCAAACCCGGCCUUCUGCCCCACGGGCACCACCACCAUGGCCAGCAGCAGCAGCAACAGCAGCACCACCACGCCGCAGGGCCGCAGCAGCACCCCGAUGCACGACAGCGUUCUCCCUGUGGACACGCCUAACUCGGCACCAUCGCCGCUGGACGAGCCCCAACCCCCAACCUCCUCCACCACCAUGGACCCAACCAUGCCCACGCUUAGCCCGCACCCGCCCAGCAAAGUACCAGGGGAUGGUAACAACCGCUGCCCCACUGCGGUGGCGGGAUGUUCUGGUGCUGGCAGCGGUGAGUCUGGUCACACAGCAACGGCCACAGCGGCAGCACCUGCAGCUAAUGGUGGCAACGGCAGCAAUGGUGCCAACAGUGGUAGUGCAAACGGCAGCAGUAUCAGUGUGAACACCACUUUGCCUAACGCUCUCGGCAGCACCAACAACGGUAGUAAUAAUAAUUCUAGUAAUAUUUCGUCGUCAAUGGCAACAGUGACAGUACCCAGCAUUACCACCACCACCGGUGGCACAGAAGUGGUGGUGGGCGGUGCUAGUGCUCUGAACGCAACAGCAACCACAACAAACUUGUUUGGGGAGGCCUUGUCCAAAGGUGGUGGUAGCGGUGGUGGUGGCGGCGAGGACCCCUCCUGCUCCUCCUCAACUGCAGCAACAGCAGCCAAGCCCGGUGGUGGUGUGGUGGGUGUGGUGGUGCCGGGAGAGGCUCAGCAGUUCUCCUGGAGCUCCACUACCACCAAGACGGAAAGUGUGAGCCACUGGGUGCACUCGCACCAGCAGCGGGUGGUCAGCGACAAGCUGCAAGAGAGGGUGUUUGAGUCGAACUUGAAGAGGCCACACUUGCCCACCAAAGGAUCUGAUAGUGAUUCGGAGCAGCCCGUGGAUUCUCUCUACGACUUUGACACCUUGAAUUUAUGGAUCAAUCUACCUCUGAAAAAAUGUCGCUUGGAGUCCAUGGGGGACAGUAUGUCUGGGGACCUCAUCUCCCCUAGCUCCAGUUUUGCUUCCCACUCCCGCUUGGCCCCCAUGAUGCGGAGUCCCUCCCCACCUGACCCGGACCCUUACGAGUUCUCUGACGAGGCCUCCAAGGAUCCCAAGACACUGACCACUAGGUCAAGGCCGAGUCGAGAUGGAAGAGAUGAUGGAAUGGCUCGCCCGUCCCCCCUUGGCAAAGUGGAGGAGGAAAGUCAACCAGCAGCUCGUCAAGGUAACCUGGACCCUGUGACGGUGAAGGAGGAGGCCACCAACGGUGAGCAAGAUUUGGCCCAGCUGUCCUCUCCACUGACCCCCGGAGGCAGCCUGACAAGGGAACGGGACCUGAGGGUCAAGGGCAUAGCGCAAGACCUCCAGCAGAUCUUCCAGUCAGAUUCCUCCGAGGAAGAUGAGGAUGGUGGGGCCUUGGACUCUGGAGUGGGCAGUAAAUCAACAGAUGACCAGACAAAACUGACACGCAUACCCAAUGGUUCACUUGGUGCUUUGGCACCUUUGGACCUGGCCCGCAUGUACCCAACGCCUCCUUCCCACGAAACGAACAAAUCUCACUCGCCGGAGACCAUGACAGAGAGCACAAACGAGGCCAUGCUCACUGGUGGCUCGAUAGUGGCUUUUCACAACACAGUGGAGAGCUCAGUUCCUUCUGUGGUGGACCCUAUUACUAAUGUCAAGUGCGAUGUCUUUGUGCCCGCCCAGACUAUAGAGGCUGUGGGCUCCAGCAAAUACUCUGCCGUAGAACUGCCCAGUGGUCAGCUGUCACCUGUGUCCACUGUGCAAGACUACAAACCCUCGUGGAACAUGAGCAUGCCCAUGAUGGAUGUCCAGCAAGCUCAUAGAACCCACUAUGUGAACAUACCCAGUGUAGAGAACAUCUCCUCCAUCCGCACGGUGGGCUCGGGGGCAGGCAUAGAUGCCAGUCCAGCUAUCUACAACAACAGUCAGCAGAGGACGCCCUUGAGCUAUGCCGAGCUGACCUCACCAGCCUCAAACUCUUCCUCCUACCUCAAUAAAACCAACAAUUCCAUUGAUAACCAUGGCACCAAUAGUCAACUGCCAGAGGCCAACAGUUUGUUGUUGAAUGUGUUACUGUCGGACUCUUUCCUGAACCUCUUCAAAGAUCACAAUUUUGACAGCUGUAACAUCUGUGUGUGCAAUGUAGACAUCAAUGGCAGCGAUGUGAGUGUGUACCUCCCAGAUACCAGCAAGGGCUCAUCCUCAGGGUACAAGUGUACCUGUGCUUUCAGCGCGGCCAUCAAUCGUCGCUUUGGCUAUGACUCUGGCCUCUUCUACGAGGACGAGGUGGAGAUCACUGGUUAUCGCCACGACCGUUAUGAGGUGCGCAAGCCGCCGCUGGCCCAGCCCAACUCCCCCAAGGCCAGUGGAGACGCUUCUUCUCGGACAGAAGACUUAAACCCUCAGGUUCUACAGCAGCUGUUAGAUCAGUACGCCUCCCCAUUCCUGUCUUGUGUGGGUAGCCACCACCUCAGCACACUCAGCAUGGCUGCAGACACCAACUACCAGACCAGCUCUAUAGAUCUGUUGCAAAUCAGGGAUGCCAACGAUGUGGUGUGCCAAGCCCUGGAAGUGGCCAUGGACCACUGCUUCUCCAAUAGGUUUGAAGAUCACGCCCCCAAGGCAAACUGUCUACACAAGUGGCCUUACCUCAGGGGUGCCAGCUGUGUGCCCAGCAACUCCCAGGACAUGAUCCAGUGUCUGAAGUCACUGCACCCCAUCCUGCAGAACGCCAUCCAGAACAAGCGCGUCACACGGCUCUGGGAGAACACCUACAAGCUGCAGGGACCUAUCAGCUGGAAAGACUUUCACGAGCUGGCCGGUCGUGGUAAGUGCUGUCAGUUUUGAAUAAUCGUCUUUUGA